AUGGCGGACGCAACAAAGUACCUCAGCGACAACAAGGAAUCUGCACGGAUGGAAAGCACAAGGUCAGAAGACCCAGAUAUUUAUGACGACUUUAGUGAAAUCUACAAGGAGUACACAGAUCAUCAAGUUACUGUAACCACCAAAGUCCAAGAAAAACCUAAACUUCCUGAAGAUAAAUGUGAUGAAGAAGAAGAGCAGCAGGAGCUCCCUGACCCCAACUCCGUACCAACUGAUUUCAUCAGCCGAGAGGCUAAGGUUUGGGAGGCUAAGUCCAAAGCCACUGAGAGGAACUGGAAGAAGAGGAAAGAAGAGGAAAUGAACUGUAAGAUAUGUGGAGAGUCUGGUCAUUUCACACAGGGAUGUCCAUCGACUCUUGGUGCCAACAGAAAGUCUCAGGAGUUCCUUGAGAGGGUACCAGCUAGGGACAAGAACGUUAGAGAUUUGUUUACUGAGAAAGUUGUGGAAAGGAUUGAGAGCGAGACCGGCUGCAAGAUCAAAAUGGAUGACAAGUUCAUUAUCGUCAGUGGGAAGGACAGAUUAAUCUUGAGGAAAGGUUUGGAUGCUGUUCACAAGGUUAGAGAGGAAGGCGAGGCUAAAACUUCUUCUACCUCUCACAGGAGCAGAUCCAGGUCGCCUAGAAGAACCUCUCUUGGUCCACCACCUCCACCGCGUGCUGCUCGAAACCCUGAACCGCAGAGACAGCAGCACCUGCCAUCACAUGGUUCAUCAAGCUAA